AUGGGCUAUGAGAAGAAUGCACUUGACUUUUUUGGCAGCACAUACAUUUCAGUGCUCACACCUAAGAGACUCGAUGUGGAUGGUAAUGGCCAUCCAGUGCUUGAGGAUCCAGAAAUUUUUGCCAGAAUGGUGGGCCCAUCAGAGCAAGAAGAACUGGAAUUUGUGUGCUUAAACGUUUUCAUUCUAACAGUCGGGCCCCUCUUCUUCAGGUCUGCUGGAGUAUCCUGGAGGUCCAAUCCCUACCCUGUUUACUGGACUGUCCUGGUGGAAGUGUCGGAGAGCUCCCGGAAGCUGCGGCAUGUCUUCCUCUUUACCGAUGUCCUACUGUGUGCCAAGCUGAAGAAGACCUCUGCAGGGAAGCACCAGCAGUAUGACUGUAAGUGGUACAUCCCCCUGGCCGACCUGGUGUUUCCAUCCCCCGAGGAGUCUGAGGCCGGCCCCCAGGUGCACCCCUUCCCAGACCAUGAGCUACAGGACAUGAAGAUGAAGAUCUCCGCCCUCAAGAGUGAAAUCCAGAAGGAGAAAGCCAACAAAGGUCAGAGCCGGGCCAUCGAGCGCUUGAAGAAGAAGAUGUUUGAGAAUGAGUUCCUGCUGCUGCUCAACUCCCCCACAAUCCUGUUCAGGAUCCACAAUCGGAAUGGAAAGAGUUACCUGUUCCUCCUGUCCUUGGACUAUGAGAGGUCAGAGUGGAGAGAAGCAAUUCAGAAACUACAGAAGAAGGAUCUCCAGGCCUUUGUCCUGAGCUCAGUGGAGCUCCAGGUGCUCACAGGAUCCUGUUUCAAGCUUAGGACUGUACACAACAUUCCUGUCACCAGCAAUAAAGACGACGACGAGUCUCCAGGACUCUAUGGCUUCCUUCAUGUCAUCGUCCACUCUGCCAAGGGAUUUAAGCAAUCAGCCAGUAAGUGCCCUGGCCAGGACGAGGUGGGGUGGGCCAUUGUGGAUUCUGCACUGCUCUGCUCUGCCCAGGAUGGGGCCCUGCCAGCACGCCUUUAG